AAUACCUCGGUUAUCCCUGUACAUAACUACUCUAGUACGGUUUUUAACAAUAACACAAUUUUUGGCUGGGAAAGUGGAGGAAGAAGAUUGUAGCUGCAGAGUUUUCCACUAGCAGGAAAAUCAGUGCAUUUGAGGCUGGUGAUUAUAGUGAAUAGAUGGCCGUUGAGGUGCAACAAAUUGUGAAAAAGUGUGAAAUGUGAGAAGCCAUAUCUUAAUAUCGGGGGUGUUUUGUGGAAGUUAUAGGAAAAAAGGAAUAUUUAGGUCCUAGUUGAACCCUUGAUAGGACAUACGCAGAAGAGAAGUGAAAAAGCAGGCCAGCUAGCUCGCAUUCGAGCAGCGCCCCGAUAGACGCAAGAGAGCGAAUAAAAUGUCAUCCAGACGUUAUCCUUGAUAGAAGAAACCGCUCCUUUUUUAAAAAGGUGACUUUUUAAAAAAAGGACGCGUGAUGAAGCCAUCGCAGCCAGUCAUUAUGAGGGAGCCCUGCUGCCGUAGCACUAUUACUACUAUUACUACCACAUCUAGGAGGAAAGCCAUGAGCAGCACCAUUGCUAGGGCGGCAGCUGACCGAGGUGGCAGUCCCAGUACCUCCAGCCGAGCUGCUAAACUCGGCUACCUCCGCUAUGGCCGGAUGCUCCCGUUUGCAUUGAUGGGGCUUUUGAUCGCCUCCUUUUGGCUGCCAUCGAACCUAGUUAACGCUGAUUCAACGGAUGUUUCAUACUAUGACCAAUUCUCUACGGAUUCAUCUGUACUGUCGAUAAAUGGCACCAAUACAUCGAUAUCAACGCACAAGGACCCCCUGUUUCCCGAAGACUUAUUCACGCUAGAACAACGUCGUAAUGGUGCUGUUGUGUUACACAUUCUUGGCGUAAUCUAUAUGUUUGUCGCGCUGGCAAUUGUAUGCGACGAGUUCUUUGUGCCUUCUUUAGACGUGAUCAUUGAGAAACUGGGCAUUACGGACGAUGUGGCCGGUGCGACCUUCAUGGCGGCCGGGGGCAGUGCCCCGGAACUGUUCACCAGCGUGAUCGGCGUGUUCGUUUCGUUCGACGACGUCGGUAUCGGUACAAUUGUCGGUUCGGCCGUGUUCAACAUCCUGUUCGUUAUCGGUAUGUGUGCGUUGUUCUCCAAAACCCUUCUAACACUGACCUGGUGGCCGUUGUUUCGCGAUUGUACGUUCUACAGUGUUAGUUUGCUUACGCUGAUCUAUUUUUUUCGUGAUAACUCGAUCGAGUGGUGGGAGGCGCUAGUGCUGUUUAUAAUCUAUAUCACGUACGCUGUGUUUAUGAAGUUUAACCAGACAGUGGAGAGAUGUGUGAAGAAGAUUAUCUAUAAAAAUAAGGUGACCAGAGUUCGAAGCACUGAUCAACUUAUGCCUGCAGAAAUUGGCUUACUAGAAGAAUAUAAACGACCCGGAAAUCGAGAUACCGAUAGUCCACAUCUGCAAGGCAAUGCAGCCAACUCGUCGGAAACGUCGAUGGCGACGCAACCGGGUGGCUCGGUGACGUCCAGGGCGGCCUCCGAGAGCCGAUCGGGGCCGCCCGGUUCGAGUAGUGGAAGCGUACCGAUCCAUCAGAACCCUACCGCAACCGGGGCCAAAUUUCGACACGGUCUGCUGCAGUUGAUGAUCCACACGAUAGAUCCGCUGCACGAUGAUCCCGUUCCAGGUAAAGUCGAUGAAAAGGCGACGCAGCUACACGCGAUAGCGUCGUUAAAAGUGCUACUGGAUGCCACCAAGCCCCAACGGGGAGCUGCCACGUCGUCCGCGGCGAAUCAUGUUAAGAUUAAUUUAAGAGAAACCACCUUAGCUAGUGAUCGUCCAAAUGGAAAUAUAGAUACGACAAUUGAUUCGGGUAACGAAUUAGAAGAUGAACCACCAGAGGCAUUAAACAUGUCUUGGCCAAAGACAUUUAGGAAACGAAUAACCUACCUAUUAGUUGCUCCAAUUAUCUUUCCACUGUACUUAACACUUCCUGACACUAGAACACCAAAGGGUAAGAGGUUUUUCCCAGUAACGUUUAUCGGUUCAAUUGUGUGGAUAGCCGCAUAUUCGUAUCUUAUGGUGUGGUGGGCUAACGUUGCUGGUGAUACGGCGAAAAUUCCACCAGAGGUGAUGGGACUGACGUUUUUAGCAGCUGGUACCUCAAUUCCCGAUCUGAUCACUUCGGUGAUCGUGGCGCGAAAGGGCUUUGGUGAUAUGGCGGUGUCGAGUUCGGUCGGAAGCAACAUUUUCGACGUGACGGUUGGCCUUCCAAUUCCGUGGUUAUUGUACGGCAUCAUCUACGGCCAACCGGUGGAGGUGAACUCGGUCGGCAUGGUAUGCUCGAUCACGAUCCUGUUCUUGAUGUUGCUGUUUGUCAUCAUGUCGAUAGCCUGCUUCCGCUGGCGCAUGAACAAGGGCCUAGGGCUUACCAUGUUUUUGUUAUACUUCGUAUUCGUUGCCGUUUCACUCAUGUUUGAAUACGAUGUGUUAGUAUGUCCGUUUUAAAUAAGUACGCUUAAAACGCUAAGACUAAGUAAGUCACUGGCGAUGGUAACUAAACUGAAUCAUCUACUUUAGUAGUUACGUUUUCGAACGAAGAAAACAGAAAAAAAAAACAAAAAGGCGAAAAAAGUAAACCAACUAAAUUAUACUUAGACUAUAGGAAAAAAAAUGAGGAGCCACUUGAUGCUAGGUCUAGGUAAGUUUUUGCCUAGCAAAAAGGACGAGGCAACUAAAGUUGAACAUAUUAUUAUGUAAAGUUACAUAGAAAAAUACUAGCGUUAAAAAGAGCAAAACAACAAUAGACUUAGUGGACGGAUGAAGCGUAGGAAAGCGAAAUUCAUUCUACAUAGGUAGUGUUUAGCGGACGGAUGAAAACAUCUUAAGAAAGGUAUUAGGAAAGUGCAGAGAGCAAAGCUAAUUGUUUCCAAACCAAACAAAGAGAAACCUAAGCGCAAACUAAAUGAAGACAUUUAACGAAGAAAAUAAAGCAACAAGAACCUUCUAUUGAGCAACAGUUAUUUUAGAUUUUUAUCUCCUCUUCUUCAUGAAACUAUAGUAUCGAGUCUAUUAUCAUACAUUUUAAAUUGUAUUCAACCAAAACAACCUAUAUUCGAACGAAAUCUUACCUUUAAAUGAAUACAUCUAGUUAAUACAAGAAUCAACUAAUUAAACCAGUAAAACUGUAUUUAAACAUACAUCUCUUCUUCUACAAGAACAAAUUCUAUAAGAAUCUAGACUUAAACAUCAAGAAAGAAUAAAUUUAAGAAACAAUUUUCAAAAGCAAAAAUCUAUUACUCGAACUUAAGAAAGACACCUUAGGAAAUUUGAAACAUCAAUACAUUUGAGCACUACCAGCUUCUCUCUUUCCAUAUACUCCAACGACAUACAAUUCAUUAGAGUGCCAUUAGCAUCAGGAACUAGUCCAUCAGCAAGCAAACACACAUAGCCACGCUAGCGAAAUGCACAAGCGAGCAUUUAAAAAGCAUUAUCAUUCUAAUGGUAAAUCCUAGUCAUAAUCCACAUCUUACUCUCUUCUAUAAUCUCCCAGUAUCCAUUACUCUCUUUGACGUACUUCUGUAUAAAUUGAAGCAUACUUCCCACUAUCCUUUCUCGUCUUCUCUAUCCGUUUUUGUCAUCCGAAAACCGAGAUGAACCCCCUACUACAUAACUUAGGCGUCACGCGUAGAUUUACCAUCGCAGACUAGGAGUUUGAUUGCACAAAAUCUCAUAAUCGGAGCGUUGAAUUUUCACCGCAUCUACCUUCAUCAUCAUUGACCAACGCAACCACCAGCACCCUCAUCCUAGCACUAUGUUAUCGAGAUAAAUAUCAACAACACCAGCACAAUGCUUCGGGUCCUGUUGCUUUAUAUCGCAUCACCACCAACAAAAAUCCGAAGCAUCCGUAGGAUCAAUCGGAGACUGAUUCAGUUAGAGAGUGGUCCGGAAGGCAAACAUCAACUAUUCAAUAACAUUAACGCUCAAUGAGCAUAUGGUUUGAUCCUCUGAAAUAGUCAUAUCAUCUACAAUUCUCUUUUCAUUUAGUGAAACGAUCUUCAAUUGUGUUCCCAUAGUAGAAAGAAGUAAAUAAUAACAAACAAUAUCGCAAACUACAGCAACGAAUCUGGCAGGUUUAUGUGCACGGUUCUAUAAUUGUACUUUUUUGAAAUCAUUUAAAUAAUUGCUAAGUUCAUUAAAAACACUUUAUCAAGAAAACUCAAUAACAGAACAUUCUAUCUAUAAAAGUCCGAUAUUUUUUUCGGUAGCCUAAAACAACAAAACUGAAAAACUUCAUAUAUAUAAUUAAAUUUGUUUAUAAUCUAAGAAUAUCAAAUUGAAUCUAAUUAAUUUCGGUACCUAUUUAAAUGUAGUAUUCGACAUCAACAUUCCAGAUGUUAAGAAUUUUUUUUUAUUUGGAUAUGAGCCUUACUAUACAGGGUUCUGUGUUUACUUGGCCGUCCCUUAUUUUGAAAAAGUGCAAAAUGUUAUGGUUUCGUAGCUAAGUAGUCCCUCAGCAGAACCGAAGCAAUAGAAGUAAAGGGCAUCCUCCAUACAGCGUCGAACACGUUGCUCUAGUGUACGCAACAUAAGUAUCCAUAUGCUGUUCAUUAGAAAUUUUCACACGAAAUUACAAACGAAAUUUUCCGUUAAUAAUGGUUUUGGCAUGGUAUGAUUAGCAUAGCAUUUAUUACGAGUUUUGUAAGGAAAAAAUGCAUAAAAAAUGUAAAUGCUGUUAAUCCGAAUUACUAACGAAGUUGCGUGGAUUUGUUUUUUGUUUGUUCGAUAGCUCCUUUCGAAAGUCGGAUGUGUUUAGCAGCAAAAAUGGGAAUAGUUUUCUUUUUUGUCCCAUACCCUUUUUAAUCUUCCCUUAGCUUAAAAACUCGAUUCACUUGAUCAUUCACCACUUUAAGAUUGAUUACAAUUUCUUGACCCUGGCCUUGUAUAUUUUCUAUUCAUGAUUUGUGCUCCAAUCAUUCGCUGGUCAAAAAAGCGCUUUCUAAUACCCAACAUUUUGAAACAUUUCUCAGUUUGUCAGUGAAGUGCUCAACUCUACGACGUCCAAAAUAAAACUCAGUGUCAAACACAGACAAGCCAAUGAGUUCCUCACUUAUGAACCUCAAAAGAUUUUCGAACUUUUUCUGAGCAGCUUCAGCAGCUUCCUAAUAUCUGCAAUAAGUUUUAGGCAUUUGCGCGAAGCACAUGAGGCGAAUGGUGUAGAAAAUCAUGCUUCAGAAUAAACUCCUACUACAAAAACGCACACGUUUAGCAAAUCAGUAAGAUUUUCAAGCUGUGAAAAUUGGACCCCGAAAUAAUACAUCUUUUGCUGUAAGUUCCUUUAGUCAUCCAACGUGCAUUAUGCACUGGUCUAGGGUCACGGAAUUGAAUUCCUCCUAGAGGAACAUGGCCAAAAAAGCUGAUUGUUAGUUAAAAAGCUCACAAUUAUCAUUUUUUGGCUGCUCCAAUUGCAAAAAAAUGUAACAUACAAUAAAUACUAUGUUUACAUUCUUCUGAUAAUAUACUAACAAGGAUGUUAUUUUCCAAAAUUUUAAAUUUUUGAAACACGUGUUCUCAAGAAUGGCGGCUAAUGAGCAGCAUAUCGAUACCUAUGGCGCGUACACUAGAGCAACGUGCUCGACACUUUAUUGAGGGUGACCUCUACUUCUAUUGCUUUAAGACCGUUGAGGAAUCACUUAGUGUUCACCUACCGGUCUUGAGGUUGCAUUUUUCAUUAAUACGAACAUUUUUCAGCAAUGAAACCAUAAUAUUUCGAACUAUUGCAAAAUAAGGAACAGCCUAGUGAUAAUGUAAUUUAAUUUAUUAGUGCUCUUCUACAUUUUCUUUGAUUAUUUUAAACAUUUUGAAGUCGUAGCAUUCAAGUCAAAAGAUCAAAAUACGGCAAAAAAUCACCAAACAAUUAGGAUUGGUUUGUAUUAAUGCCCUUAGUUUUUGUUGGAUUAAGUUAGAACACAGUCUUGCUUUUCUGAUGAGAAGUAAACACAUAAGUUCUUACUUACUUCCACAUUUAUUAAAACCAUUGAAUUUAAAAUACGUUUCAUGUAAAUUAAAUAAUGUGGUAUAUAAUGUACAUCUGUUGCACAAAUUCAAGAAACAUAUAUUUCGGCUACGUUGUAUGAUAUUCUUAGAUUACCAAACGAUUAACUUCUCUGAUUAUUCAACCGCAUAUAACCAGCCAAACCGAAUAAGUUAUUCAAACACAUAAUCGCAGGAAAAAAUACACCCUUAUUUUCGGAACAUUCCACUAGUACUACCACAACAAAAUAAUAAAUAAACCCUAACGUAAGUAAACAACACAAGAAGAAAAAUAAAAAAGAACACUAAAUGAAUAUAUGAAGAGGAAAAAAUCAAUGAUAAUAAAAUGAAAUGUUAACAAAUUUUUGAAGGUUUUUCUUGUUUUUAUUUUUUAUUGACGAAUAACGAAGUGAAAACCAAGUAGUGGAUAAAUAUUAAAGAGACGUAGGAAUAAAUCAUAGCUGAAGGUACGACUGCUAACACAAACAGCAAAAAAAGGAAUUCUUUUGCGAAAGCCAAACAAACACAAGGCAAAAAGACACUGCUUCUGCUAUUGAAGUCGAGAAAUCAUAUUCGCUUGAGGCAAUAGUAGAGCACCUAUAGAAUGCAAUGGAUAAAAUUGAAACCCCCAAGUAAUCCGAACCUUUAAUCGUUUUACGAGUGCGUCAAUUGUUGAACUUUUGCCCAUGUUUCAAGCGACAACAAAUGGUACAUAUCUUCUCUUCGUUUUGUUUAAUCGUUGAUAGUUCUCUUCCAAAAUUAAGUGUUUGUGACUUAGCCUAUCUUAAUCUACGCAACCAGAUUUUUGCCUGUUGGUAGCGAUUGUUGAGUUUUUCAUAUUGGAUGACUUCGCUAUCAUACAUAGUCAUUACAAAACAAAUGCUAGCAACAAAAGAAACAAGAAGAGACGAAUUGAAAUCGAUGGUAUUCGCGACAUUCAGACGAACAAAAAAACAAACACUGCUUCAUUAUAGCGAAAAUAACAAAUGUACAUAUUCAACCCACAAAAAAUGACAAAUGAACAAAUAAUACAAUAUUCAAGACUAAAAGCGUGCGUGUGAACAAAACAUUUGAAAAGAGAAAGCCAAUUUCUCCCGUCCAUUCCAUGAAGAUGUUUAAAAAUGAGCAGGAUAAUGCAAAAGAGCUACAAAACAACAUUUGAGAGAAAUAGACAAACAGCAUAAACAAGACUUCUUCGAAUAGCUAAUUCAACAAUAAAUGUUCAUCCGCCUAAUCUUCAAUCCAUCUCUCACUACAAUCGAACAGAAAACCAAUACUUUAUCGGGCUCUAAUAAUACUUUCUGACAAACCUCUUACUUGAAAUAGUUUUUCUCUCACAUGUUUCGAAUUUUGAAUUCAUGAGACGGUCUAUCUGAUAUCUCGCAAAACUUGAUCCUAAGAACUUCAGCAAACUAUAACAAAUUGAACGACAUGUAGAUUGGAAACUUGAAUACUCAACGACCUAUGUUAGUUUACAAGCAUAAACGUGCAUAUGAACGUUGAAUAUUGAAUAAAUAAAUCCAAUUCUCAAUAUCAAGUAAAUCUAACGAAGGCUAUUAAGGCAAAUCGAUAAAUUGCAAAAUGAAUCGUGAAAGCACAACACAAUAACAAAAAGAAGGAACAACCAAAAACAUUCCCUUUGUUUAUUGGCGUUUCCGAGAGUAACAUAAACAUUGAACAAUAGUCACAAUUGAAAACAAACAACCGAUCAGAUUCAAAUAGACAAAAUACCAAGCAACAACCGAAUAGAAACUGAACAAUUUGUGCAAACACAAAGUGAACUGAACACUUUGGGACAGACUUACACAUAGGACACAAGCAUGGAGGCAAAGGACGAAGUUUGAAGUGCAGCAAAAUGUGCAAAGCGGAGGGAUCCUCAUUUGGCAGCCUGUAAGCUGCAGCGUUCCGUGGAGUGGAAGAAAAUCUUCUGGGGCUGGCGAAUGGUAUUGAUCAAGACCGAACGUUUUGUUACCGUUGUAUAUAGUUUCUAUUUCCUUAUUUUUUUGGUUUUUGUCUUUUUCAGGUUCGAAUAGAAAGCGGUUAGUGGCCGGAUACUGGGGAUCAGGGAGCAAUUACAACAUGCCUAAACUUCUUGCCACAAGCUACAACAACGUACCUGCUUCGGGAAAAAGAGCAUCUUGCACAACUAUGAAUAAGUAUGAUCAGGUAUCAAACUAUCAUCCCUCUAAAGGGACGGCUUUUCCAUAAAUUAACGUCAUCGUCUACGUUAUUAGGUUCUGAACAGUUUCGAAUUGGUAGCUACUUCCACUCACAAGGGCUAAGAUCUCCACAAAUGGGCAUGAGCAGGACAGGGAGAAACUUCGAGCUACUUCAAGCUCUCAUUGGACAGCCCUAAUAUGGCCGAUUUUUAACUACUUUGCGCGGCACGGUAAUUGAUUACUGCUGGUUGUGAUCCGAGCAACAGGUUACCUACCAGAGAGCGUGUUCUUCUUACAGUUGGUAAUCCUACGACCAGUAUUCUGCCCAAAGUACUUGGACCUACGUUUUAGCCCUUACCACUACAGGUCUCAAAAGACCAACAGGGUCAAAUAAUUGCGACAUUUUGGAUACGACGAUAUGACUUCGGCAGCGGCAGAACUGUCUUAGGUGCCCACCAAAGUAAACGUGACGUGCGAUGCGACGCGACGCGACUCAUGUAAAAGAAGAUGAUCCCCUUUCCUAAUCACGGGGACCGCUAACUGAAAGCGUUCUCCUUUGUCAGUAUCCUACUGGUUCAUAACGUGUGUCGUAUGAAAAGAAGAGCUAACUAAUCAGUAGAAUACGGUUUUGAACUGGUAAAAGCGGACAAAUUCUGAAAUGUUUGCUCGGAACAGAAUCUGCUGAUACAUUCGGAUACGUCAUCUGGAUUCAAUCAGAUUUAUCGAAAGUUCUUCUCAGCAUCAGCAGUAACCGCGUACCGAGGCAAGCGUAUGCUAGUGACGGUAGAGUACAGAGCUGGCUGUACUGUUAGUCCGACAAAAAAUCUCGUUCAACAAUAUGCUGGAGGCGUAUUAACAGGACCCAUCAAAAACACCCUAUUCGUAUCUUCGUAGCAAAGCUCUCAGGAUGGAGAAUGACAUGGUGCUGUAGGAAAAACUGCGAACUACACGAUGUGCGCGGAUUCACCACCUCCAUAUAACUCCGACUAUCGUAUUCCUGGAAAACCUCAUGAUAUGCGACGAGUUGGAAAUAAUCGCCUAGCCUCGGCAGCAUAUCCUCUCGCAGCGGUAGACGGGCCAUAAAUCUUCCGUUCGAGUUUCGUUCAACAGUUUUUUAGAAGUGGUCUACACAGUCGUCAAUGCAAAUGUGCGUAGUCCGGACCCCUGGUGGGUUCUUGGCUGGGUAUGUGACCUUCCUACAAAAGACACAUCCUAGUCAGCUUUAGCAGUUGCAUUAUGUAAUAUUUUCAAUCACUCACUCCAACAAGAAAAAUGUUCUUGCAUCUGAAAACAAUCAUUCGUUACUCCGGUUUUCAAGCGUGGCGAUAAGAAUAAUUACGAUCCUUCCGGAUGUCUAUGACCUGUUUGAGAUUAUUGUAUGUGGAGUUAUUCUUGAUGCAAUAUCGAUUAAUCUACACGGUUUCAUGUCUGUGAGAUCAGUCACAACGAACCUGCUAUUAAGCUUUACCUCGAUGUGCAUAACAAGUAUGCAGGAGAAAGCUCAAUUUGAUGUUAUUUACAUGGAUCUAAAGGCAGCUUUCGACAAAAUUGACCAAGCAAUACUGUUGCAUAAACUAGCUCGUCUUGGAUUUUCCACGCAACUCUUGGCUUGGCUGGAAUCGUACAUAACGGAUCGUAAACAUCGGGUGAAGGUUCAGUGUUGUGAAACUUUCAACGAUGCUGCUUUAGUUCUGGAUGAAGCUUUCAAGGUAGUUUUCAAGGACGAUUUGAAUAUUUCAUUUCAUUUUAUUACUAAUAACUUCAUCUACGUUUGCUUAAUUAUGCCAUAAGAUGAGGAAAAGCCAUUUUGAGUAGACCAUCAACACAUGUCUUGCUCAAAUAGGCGUAAAAAUCUCAUUUCUUUUCUUAAACAUUACAAUUUGUGGUACAUAUUAUAAAACUUAAAACUAAAAUUCGUAGAUUUAGUGUUAAGGCCAUCAGGGUACAUCAAUCUGGUGCGGGCUCAGUGAAGACAGCAAACGAGAAAAGGAAGACAUCAUUUAACACCGCGAAUAAAAACUAUGAAAUCUUUGGAGAGAAUCUCCUCUUUCAUAUCGGUGAUACGCCCCUUCCUAGCUUGUAGACGUCGUUGAAAAGCAGCGCCGGAAUGGUUGAAAUCGAAAAUGUGGAACACUUCGUUAAAUCUGGUAGAUAUGAAGCGGAUUGGAUCAUGAUGACCAUAUUCUGCAUGGCGCUGUUCAAGCUGCAUAAAACUGUGUUGACGAAGACUUUUCCUGGGUGCAUAUAUGUCCUAAUACUUCAGCGCAGUCUUUAUCACCCUGCAACGAUCUUUGUAGGACGGCAGAUUCUGUGGAUCCCUGACAAACUUUCUUUGAAUAGCCUCAAAUCUUGAAAUCCACUAUGGCUGAUAUGGACACCAGACGACGGAGCACGAUUAAAGUAUAGAGCAAACUAGUGCACAGUAUAAUGAGGAUCACGAAACUCGCUAGUAAGUUUGAAGAUAAUACCCAGUCGGUAUGAGAAAACCCGAUCAAUGAUGACUCCAAGGUCACGAAUAUGAUCCACGCGCUCGAGAUGCUGAUUUAAGAUGGAAUAGUUAUAUACGAUUUUUGCAAUUUAUUUUCAAAGCAUCAUUCAACGAUAAUUGUAGUAGCUGAUGGCAGUCUUGGAUGCUGUUGACCACAAUGAUAAUUUUCACGUCAUCUGCUUAAAGUACCCGAUAACCUUUGGAUAAUAGCCUGGACAGUUCGUUGAUGAAGAUUGAAAAUAGCAGUGGACCUAGGUUGCUUUCUUGAGGAAUGCCGAACCUAUUUGAGAAUAAUUUCGAUGAAUGAUGACCGAUUUUGACACUCAGCUUACGCUUGGUAAGAUAAGAUUUGCACCAGUCAACGAGAUUGGAAGAAAUUCCCAGCUUUUCCAGUUUUGCAAGUAAUAUCUUGUGAUCCACUCGGUCAAAUGCUGAUUUUAGAGCACUUUUUACUAGAUUUGAGAUCCUGCAUCAAUAUUUCGUAUGCAAAAAGAAAAAAAAUGCAUUAGAUUCUUAGACACUGAUCUUUUGGGGUAGAAACCAUGUUGAUCCGAGGAGAUAUAAUUUUUGCACCAUGUAAAAAGUAGCUCGUAGAUGAUGAUCUUAAAGACAUAGUUUUCUACAUUUUGUUUGUCCCUCUUUUUAAACACUGGGAACAUAACAGAAAUUUUCCAGACAGAUGGGAAUGAACGGUGUCGUAGGGAAUUGUUGAAUAAAAUUGCACAUCAAUGGUAAUGUUCUUGCAAUAGUUACCAAUGCAAUGUCACGAAUCUUGGUGUUCAGCUGGACUCUAUAUUAGCAUUUGAUCUGCAUCGAUCAUCAAUAGCAAAUAGAGCAUUAGGUUUCAUUUCGAAGGACGCAAAAGAAACAGAUUUUACGACCGUGAUUGAGAUGAAUCAUUUGCUUAU